AUGGAAGGUGAGGCGGUUGAAGCCAUUGUGGAGGAAUCUGAAACUUUCAUUAAAGGAAAGGAGAGAAAGACUUACCAGAGACGCCGGGAAGGAGGCCAGGAAGAGGAUGCUUGCCACCUACCCCAGAACCAGACUGAUGGGGGUGAGGUGGUCCAGGAUGUCAAUAGUAGUGUGCAGAUGGUCAUGAUGGAACAGCUGGAUCCUACCCUUCUUCAGAUGAAGACUGAAGUAAUGGAGGGUGCAGUCGCUCCAGAAGCAGAGGCUGCUGUGGAUGAUACCCAGAUCAUAACCUUGCAGGUUGUAAAUAUGGAGGAACAGCCCAUAAACAUAGGAGAGCUUCAGCUUGUUGAAGUCCCCGUUCCCGUCACUGUACCUGUUGCUACCACUUCAGUAGAUGAACUCCACGGGGCUUAUGAGAAUGAAGUGUCUAAAGAGGGCCUUCCGGAGAAUGAACCCAUGAUAUGUCACACCUUACCUUUGCCUGAAGGGUUUCAAGUGGUGAAAGUGGGGGCCAAUGGAGAGGUGGAGACGCUAGAGCAAGGGGAACUUCCACCUCAGGAAGAUCCUAUUUGGCAAAAAGACCCAGACUAUCAGCCACCAGCCAAAAAAACAAAGAAAACCAAAAAGAGCAAACUUCGAUACACAGAAGAGGGCAAAGAUGUAGAUGUUUCUGUCUAUGACUUUGAGGAAGAGCAACAGGAGGGUCUGCUGUCGGAGGUUAAUGCAGAGAAAGUGGUUGGUAACAUGAAGCCUCCAAAACCAACAAAAAUUAAAAAGAAAGGUGUAAAGAAGACAUUCCAGUGUGAGCUUUGCAGUUACACGUGUCCACGGCGUUCAAAUUUGGAUCGUCACAUGAAAAGUCACACUGAUGAGAGACCACACAAGUGCCAUCUCUGUGGCAGGGCAUUCAGGACAGUCACCCUCCUGAGGAAUCACCUUAACACACACACAGGUACACGUCCUCACAAGUGCCCAGACUGUGACAUGGCCUUUGUGACUAGUGGAGAAUUGGUGCGGCAUCGUCGUUACAAACACACCCACGAGAAGCCAUUUAAGUGUUCCAUGUGCGAUUACGCCAGUGUAGAAGUCAGCAAAUUAAAACGUCACAUUCGUUCUCAUACUGGAGAGCGUCCGUUCCAGUGCAGCUUGUGCAGUUACGCCAGCAGGGACACAUAUAAGCUGAAAAGGCACAUGAGAACCCAUUCAGGGGAAAAACCUUAUGAAUGUUAUAUUUGUCAUGCGCGAUUUACCCAAAGUGGUACCAUGAAGAUGCACAUUUUACAGAAGCACACAGAAAAUGUGGCCAAAUUUCACUGUCCCCACUGUGACACUGUCAUAGCCCGAAAAAGUGAUUUGGGUGUCCACUUGCGAAAGCAGCAUUCCUAUAUUGAGCAAGGCAAGAAGUGCCGGUACUGCGAUGCUGUGUUUCAUGAGCGCUAUGCCCUCAUUCAGCACCAGAAGUCACACAAGAAUGAGAAGCGCUUUAAGUGUGACCAGUGUGAUUACGCUUGCAGACAGGAGAGGCACAUGAUCAUGCACAAGCGCACCCACACCGGGGAGAAGCCUUACGCCUGCAGCCACUGCGACAAGACCUUCCGCCAGAAACAACUCCUCGACAUGCACUUCAAACGCUAUCAUGACCCCAACUUUGUCCCCGCGGCCUUUGUCUGUUCUAAGUGUGGGAAAACAUUCACUCGGCGGAAUACCAUGGCAAGACAUGCUGAUAAUUGUGCUGGUCCAGAUGGUGUAGAAGGGGAAAAUGGAGGAGAAACGAAGAAGAGCAAACGUGGAAGAAAAAGAAAGAUGCGCUCUAAAAAAGAAGACUCCUCUGACAGUGAAGAAAAUGCUGAGCCAGACCUGGAUGACAAUGACGAUGAAGAGGAGCCUGCUAUGGAAAUUGAACCUGAGCCAGAGCCUCAGCCUGUGACCCCAGCCCCACCACCUGCCAAGAAGCGGAGAGGACGCCCCCCUGGCAGAACCAACCAGCCCAAACAGACCCAGCCAACAGCUAUCAUCCAGGUUGAAGAUCAGAAUACAGGUGCAAUUGAGAACAUUAUAGUUCAAGUAAAAAAAGAGCCAGAUGCAGAGCCCGCGGAGGGGGAGGAAGAGGCCCCGCCCGCUGCCACAGAUGCCCCCAACGGAGACCUCACCCCUGAGAUGAUCCUCAGCAUGAUGGACCGGUGA